AUGUCAGAAAUCGUACAUGAUGCGAAAAUAAAUAUUGAAAAUCCUCGAUAUGAUCAAGAAACAUAUUCGGGUCGAGCAAAACAUUUUUUUCUUACAACAAAUCCAUUAAAUCUCUUGGCUACUGAUCAUCAAUUAAACGAAGCAAAACAAAUUGUUGAAGAUUAUCGUCAUGGAAUUACUACACGACCUAAUCUCACUCUUGAUACUGUAUGGAAUGCAAAAUAUUUAUAUGAUAGUGCAUUUCAUCCGGAAACAAAAGAAAAAAUGUUUAUUCUUGGUCGAAUGUCAGCACAAGUUCCAUGUAACAUGUUAAUUACUGGUUUUAUGUUAACAUUCUAUAAAACGUCACCAGCUAUUGUUUUCUGGCAAUUUGUCAAUCAAUCGUUUAAUAGUAUUGUUAAUUAUACGAAUCGAAGUGGUGAUAAACCAAUUUCAAAUACUGAUUUAAUGAAAAGUUAUGCUGUUGCAACUACAGCUGCAACAGCUACAGCACUUGGUCUUAAAGCUGCCGUAUCGACAUUACCAUCAAUUGUGUCUCGAUUCGUACCAUUUGCAGCUGUAGCUGGUGCUAACUGUGUCAAUUUACCAUUUAUGCGAUGGAACGAAAUUCGUGAUGGUAUUGCUGUAUUUGAUAAAGAUGGAAAUCGUAUUGGAGAAUCAUCAUAUGCAGCAAAGAAAGCUAUUGCCCAAGUAGUUCUUUCACGUAUUGGCAUGGCUGUACCGGGUAUGAUUAUUCCACCAAUCAUUAUGCAUAGACUUGAACUAAAACCUUUUAUGCGUGCUCGUCCAUGGCUUAAUAGUCCUAUACAAAUUGCUCUAUGUGGUGUCUUUUUAACAUUUACAACACCAAUGUGUUGUGCUUUAUUUCCACAAAAGAGUUCAGCACCUGUGGCUAAAUUGGAUGACAAACUUCGAGAAAAAUUAUUACGUGAUGGAAUGAAAGAAACCGAUCGUGUUUAUUUCAACAAAGGCCUUUAA